UGAGGUUUUGCUUGCGUAUGGCUGUGUAUAUACAGGUGUUUUUAAUGACUCUGUAUGUUAACAUCCAUUCAGAACACUUCCAUACACUCUUCAUUAUAGCAUGUCCAGUUGUAUAUAUAAAGUAGGAAAGCAGAUCUAGAAAUUCAAUGACAUAAUUGAAGUAUUUAAAGUAUAUGUCUAAUUGUAUGUUCUCACUGCUGUGUAUUUAGCAGCUGAAGACUUGUCAGAUUAAAAAAAAAAAGCAGUGAGAAGGGUGGAGAGUGACAGGAAGAAAGCAGGUGAGGAAAUAAUGACACAGAGGUGAGUGGAGUGCUGAGAGAGGGUGACGCUUACAAAGGAGAAGAACAAAGGAGUGAAAACAGCGGCUGGGGGAGGUUUGAACUGUCCUGUGCGCAAGAUGAUGGUGAAAGCGCUACUUGUUGUCAUGGUGAUACUGGCGGGUGGUCUGAGCUCCGCUCUCCCUCUGGAAGCUGAAAGCAGAAAUGUCAGAGUGCGCAGAGACUGUAAAGAGUGUCCAGCAGGACAAUACUUGUUAAGUUGUUCUGAGUGUUCUGCAUGUUCUAAAGGUUCAUACACAAGCCAGGUGAACAGUGAGCGUACAUGUCAUCCCUGCUUCAAGAACUGUGUGGCAGCGUUUCACAUGCAGGUGGUGAAAGCGUGCAGCAGUGUGUCUGAUGUGGUGUGCCGCUGUAUGGACGGCUUUUUCUGCAGUGAGGAAGAUCCCUUUACAGGCCAGUGCAGCCAGUGUGAACCAACUAAAACUUCAACCUCACAAUCCACUACAACUUCGACUACUCUGCUUAGUUCUAAACCUACGCCUAACCCGACCCCGACUCCAGGCGCGGGUAUGUUGGACGUUUGGAUUUUAAUUGUUGUGCUGUUGAGUGUGCUACUUAUCAUCUUCAUCAUGCUGCAUCUUUGCAGGCAAUAUAAAAAAGAGUGCCUGAAGAAAUUGGUGAAGCGAUGCUCACAUGGUAAUCAAAAGUUACAGGGGGACAUUGUUACUACAUCUUCUCAAAGAAGCGAGCCAGUCAAACACAUCCAGGCAGAGGAGGUGCACCCACACACACCUACAUCCACCUGCAGCGCCUCAGACGGCCCGACUCCUCAACCAGUCAGCACAGAGCCGCCUCUACCUGCUGCUGGAAACCUGGGUCCUCUCCACAUAUAUGGUGCAAACACAGUGUUUGUUAGUUUGCUGAACCAGUUUGGACAGAACGCAGGAGAGAAGGAUGAUGAGGAUGUCCACCAGCGGAGUUUAAACGAGAGUGAGCUGCACUGUCCUACUUCUCCACUCCCUCUGUCCACAGAGGAAAGGAACAGAGACAGCAGUUACAUCUCUUUUCCCUCUCAAGAGCAAGGGAAAGAAUGCCACAUGUCCAAAGAAGAGGGAUUGUAAUGGAAGUUUCAGUCCUUUCCGUUUGCUAUGCUAUGCUAUUGUGAUUUAUGAGGACUCUACACCACAACUUUGGCUGUGUGCUUCUGCUUAAAGCAGAGAGGCCUGUCCAAAGAUUGGUUUACACUCAUAACGUCACUAACGUCAGCCGAUCUGAACCUGUCGGCCUGGAUCCCGUCAAAAGGCAGCAUGAAACAGAUAUGCACACAUUUAUGAAUGUGUGUAUGAGUGUGUAAGCAUGCUUCCACAUGUGUGUAUGUGUGAAGAUGUAGAUGGGGCCUUGGCGUUUGUUUCAGUCAUGCUGUUCACAAUCGUAGAUGAAGAUACAAUGAUGAAUCUCCAGAAGGCCUGGAUACAGGGCAUAUGGGUGGCAUUGGUUGGUUUUUGGAUGUCUCACAAAAACAUUUUAGAAUGUACAGCGUUUUAAGUGGGUGUCAAAAAAAAAAGCAUGUUAAUUAGCAUUUUAGAUCCAGAAUGAUAUAAUAAUUGGCAGAU